AUGUCGUCUUCGAAACAGCAGGAGAAGGGUUCAGCGUCCCAGCUAGUGGCAGCAAAGCCCGCUCAAGCAAUCCCAGCCAAACGGACGGCGGACGAUGAUGAAGUGGAGUUUAUAUCUUGUUGUCCCGUCAAGAAGCCACGCCUGAACGACCAGCCAGCCCCAAACCCACACCUGAACAAUCAAAAGCUAGACCUGGCAGUUUCUAGAAUAACCAAAACCAGCGCGCAGUUACAUCCAGCUUCUGCUAGCCAUCGCCAUGCUUCCGAUCAACCUGCACCACCCAGCAGCGUCACUAGAACUACUGACACUGGGCCAGCCCCAUCUCAGGAUCCUAGCCCCAGAAUGAGCCCCGAACAACCCAGUACAUUAAUCCAAGUUCUUGAAAGCUUUGCCUUCCCUACGGAUUUCCCUCCAAUCAGUCGCGUGCCACGCAUGUCGGUGGCAGUUUCACCCAAACAGAUGUCGCAGCCAAUGCCAUCUACAAGCCAUCCAACAUCGCUUUUCGCCAGUUCCAGCGCUUUGUUCAAUUCCACAUCGUCGCCAUGUUUCGAGCAAGUCCCCUGCCUCGAUUUUGGGGGGAUCGCAAUGAACAAUCUGGCGUAUGAGACAGGUCAAAUGCUUUCACCAUCAGAUAACAAUGCUCUCAUCACUAGCAGCACACACAUGUCCAGUCAGAUGAUCAACCAAGCAGCAUUUGGACCAAACGCUAUUCCCUUUGCAAUGUACUCUAUGGGAAGUCUUGUUCCAAUGCCACAACCAAACAUGAACUUGAACAUGAACUCGAGCCCAAACCCGUGGAUGAAUCCACGUCCAAUGCAAAGUCAGAGUCCACCGGUAUUGCAACCUCACAACCCGAAACAAGAGCAACAACCACGACACAUGUUGAUUCCACCGGGCUCGCAAUCGACGCCAGGGCGCCCAUGUUGCCCAACCUCUGUCCAAAGUCCGAUUCAUAAUCAAAGCCCAUGCAAGCCACCCGGCCUUCAUUGCACCGUAGUUCAGCAAGAGCACAUGCGUUGGCUUCAGCAAGCUCCUCUUCAGCCAUCCUCUCAACUGCAGACGCAAAUAUUACCAGUGCUCCCACCACCACCACCACCCCAAUUGUUGAAAGCACCCACCGCAGCCCCCGAAAAACAGCCUCUCAACAAGACAAAAUUCACCAUCCCCCUCCGCAAAAAGCCGUCUCCAAACUUGCUCAUCGACAUUGCCGAAACGGCCGAGGAAACCUUCCCGUACGACGAGGUGGCCGCCCGCCACGGGGUGACGCCCCAAAAAGUCUUUGAUACGCUCUCCGCCAUUGUUCUGAUUCCGCUGUUGCGCUGUCCAACUGAUAAACGCCGCGCUGGAAAGUUGGCACAUGAUAGAGUCAAGUUUUAUACCCAGAAGAAGAAUACCAUGGGAAAGGAGAAGGGGGAGGUGACGAGGGUAAAGGAGGUGAGGCAGUUUUUGGAGGAGAAUAGACAGCAAGGGGGGGGAUAG